CCCGGGGGGAGGAGCAGCAGGAGCAGGAGGAGGAGGGUGGGCUUCAUCCCGAUGUUUUCCCACCGUGGAUCCUUCAUCCAGGCCCUGCUGUGAUGCCUUCCCGGGCCGCUGGCAGUUCUCUCCCUGCAGCAGGAAGCAGGCCGGAACGGAAGGGUUAGGCUGACAGCAGCUCCCCUUCCCCGGAUCUGGAGCGCUCCCAGCCCGCCUGGAGGAGUAGGAUGGAGCCGGUGAGGCCUGCGGAGCUCCGCCAUUAGAGAGCCGAUCAGAGGUUUGGGCCCUUUCCUCUCAGCGGGUUAUUCGCCGGUCGUCUCUGUCCACCUGGACAGAUGAAUGGACUAACUGAUGCGUCCUCUCUCCUUCCUUUAGUUCUUACCCCUCCUGCCUCUUCCUUGUUGCGCCAUGAUGGAGUUCUGGUGGAGUCACACACCUGCUGAGCUAAGGAAUGCCACAGUUUGGAUCCUGACUCCCAGAGGUUUCUGACAGUGGAACAGUUCCCGACAAACUGACAUGAAGCUUUGGAUAAGAACUCAUUAGAGGUUUUCUCCAUUCAACCGUCUCAAUGAGAUGAACCUGAGAACUCCUCUCUGUCUGCACCAAAGACUUCUUUUUUUCUCUUGAACCCUCUCCGCCAACCUCCACCAUUCGCCCAUCCCUCACAACCGCGGUCCUCCCCCCUCACCCCCGUCCCCAGUCACCCUUGAACUCCUCUGCCCCGUCCUCCCCUCUCCAUCAUCACCACAGCCCCCAAUCCCCCCACCUCCACCAGCUCUCCUCACCUCCCACUUUCUCGUACGCCUCGGCCACGGGGAUGGCGGCGGCUGCUACCGCCUCUUCCUCCUCGCCACCGCUCCAAGCAUCCGCGGUACCCAACGGUAGUGCCCGCGAGCACCUGCAGGCGGUGAGGCGCCGCACCCCGCACAGUCGGCCAUACACGGUGGGGCCGGACAACUUGGGCAGUCUGUCUGUGCAAGUUGCAUCCGUGUCCUCAACGUCCUCGUCGUCAUCGGCUUCCUCCUCUUCCGGGGCCCAACCAGAAUCAGCCGGGAUGGGACUCCAGCGCGCCAAUAGCGACACGGACCUGGUGACCUCUGAAAGCCGCUCCUCGCUCACCGCCUCCACCUACCAGCUGACUCUAGGCCAAGGCCACCUGGUGAUCUCGUGGGACAUAAAGGAGGAGGUGGACGCCACAGACUGGAUCGGCCUGUACCACAUCGAUGAAACAAGCGUGGCCAACGUCUGGGAGUCCAAGAACCGCGGGGUGAAUGGUACCCAGAAGGGACAGGUUCUGUGGAGGCUGGAGCCAGAGCCCUACUUCAUGGAGGCUGAGACAAAGAUCUGUUUCAAAUAUUAUCACGGCGUGAGCGGAGCAUUAAGAGCAACAACUCCUUGUAUCACUGUGAAGAACCCAAGAGUACCGGUAAGGAGCGAAAGCCAAGCGGACGAGCAGUCGGGAGGCGAGCUUUGCAGAAAACUGGUCAGCUUCACGCUAUCAGACAUCCGGGCCGUGGGGUUGAAGAAAGGGAUGUUUUUUAACCCCGACCCCUACCUGAAGAUGUCCAUCCAGCCCGGGAAAAGGAGCGGCCUCCCCAAAUUCACUCACCACGGCCAGGAGAGGCGCUCUACCAUCAUAGCCAACACCAUCAGCCCUGUGUGGCACGGGGAGAAGUACACCUUCGUGGCUCUGAUGACGGACGUCUUGGAGAUUGAAGUGAAGGACAAGUUUGCCAAAAGCCGACCGAUCAUCAAGCGCUUCCUGGGUCAGCUGGCCGUCCCCGUGCAGAGGCUCCUAGAGGGGCCGCCAGAGGACCAUCAGGUCAGCUACAGCUUGUGUCGCCGCCUGCCGACCGACCACGUCAGCGGCCAUCUGCAGUUCAGAGUGGACAUCACGUCCAGCGGGCAUGAAGAUGCCAUGGGAACCAUCCUGGGCAGCGGAGACCCCGGCAGCCCGUCUGAUGAUGAAGACCUCCCUCAGGCCUCUUCGUCCUCCCGUGUCACGGGCGAGUCCUCCCCCACCGGUUCCGACGACGGCCCCCUGUUGGUGAAUGGCCUUUGUUGCUACGGAGACGACAGUGUGUGGCAUGAGCCCGGACAUAUGGGAGGCGGCGAUCUGCCCGCCGCCGCUCCAGGGGUCCACACCAGUCGGCAGGUGUCCCUCAACGACUACCUGGACGCCAUCGGGGCCCCGUCGGGUCCUGGGGACCGGCCCUCGCCGGUGCCGUUGCCCAAACUGCGCUCCAGCUUCCCGACGGACACGCGGCUCAACGCCAUGCUGCACAUCGACUCUGACGAGGAUGAGGAAACGGCGGGGCAGCAGAGGGAGCAGUCACAGGAGAGGACAGAAGCGAGCGGAUCGCCGGCGCCGCAGAGCGAGGGUUCGAAGGAGGGCGCCGGAGCGGCAGCAGAGGAAGGAUCUUCUGCUGCUGCUCAGCCUGCAGACGCACCUCUAGAGGCUGGAAACGAAGGAGCAGCUGAAGAGGAAGAUCAGGGCUCUGCUCCAACAGGACCAUCAGUGGGCGGAGCUGAGGAGGCGUCCGGGGCCUCAGCUGGGCUGACUGAAUCCUCCACAGGUACCAACUCUUCCCAGACGCCUGGAGCUGAGGCCGCUGCUGCCGGUCCACCGGGGGGCGCCGUUCCAGAAUGUUCCUGUCAGGACCAGAGCAGCAGGAUGGGAACCUGUAGCUCCUCCCUCGGUCCACUUUCACCCAUCCAGGAGGUCGAAGUGAGGAAAGAGCUCGCUCCGAAAGCGGAGGAGGAAGGGGCGGAGUCAUCGAGCAGCGAGGCGAACGGCCCGGCGAGAGCAUCGGCUCCGAGCGGCAGCAGAGGAGGAGGGGGAGGAGCCAGUUCUGAG